AUGCCCUGCUUGGAGUCCAUGGAGUCUGGCAGAGCGCCUCCUCCUCCUCCUCCUCCUGCUGCUCCUGCUGCUGCUCCUGGGACAGAGGAGACUCUGCACAGGGAAACGGUGGCCGCGACUCCGAUGGACACGGGCUGGUUCUUCUCCCCGCUUUGGAGUCCUCGCUCCAAGGCGCGCAGCAGGUUUGGAGACAGUGUGAAAAGCGAGGCAUGGCUGGAUGACCACUCCGACUUCACGAGGGCCUACUUUUUACGCAGAGCUUCAGUGGUCAGUGGUCCACAGCCAGAGAUGUCCCCACAGCUGCCCAGGGUCCGCAGGAACAGCUCUGACCACGCUGACCUGCCCAUGAAGGGUCACCCCCGCAGAGGUUCUUCUCCUUCGAACAGCUCACACCUGAACAUUUCUUUCUUAACGGACAGACUCAAACCUCUUGCUUCCAAUCUCAACGCCACUGAGCGGAUCAAACCGCAGUGCCGCUCUGCCACAAAGGCCCCAGCCUGUGGCAUCGGUGAGUGCUGCCCAUGGAUGAUGGAGCUCCUGCAAGGAGGUCUAAGCUUGAUGGGCUCUGUAGCAGAGCUCUGCCACGGGGCUGUCCUACACACUGGUGAACUGCUGGCAGCUGAGGCGGGCUCUCUCUCUCUUGUAAAGAAAGACUCCAGUGGAAGGAACAUCUUGGAGGCAGUGAUUGCUCCAGCAGCGUUGGGGUGCUUGAGCGAAGACGAUCUCUGCAGCAGUGCACAUCUGGAGCUGGUUAGGAGUAUCAUGGGAUGUGUACUGGCUACAGAAUCGCCAAUGAACCUGAGAGAUGUAUCAGAGGACCCCAGAUUCGACUUCGAUGAUGACCAGUCAUCAAACAUCAGGACUGUUUUGAGUGUUCCCAUCAAGAGCCAUAGAGGAGAGGUGGUAGGUGUAGUGGUGAUGAUCAACAAGAGAAAUGGCUGUGAUGGAUCAGCUUCUGUUUUUACCAAUAUGGAUGAAAAGGUGCUGUCCAAUCAUAUGGAUGUGCUGGGGAUGGUCCUGGAUAAUGUUCAGCUGUAUGAGAGUUCAAGACAAGAAGCCAAACGCAGUCAGGCCUUGAUAGAGAUGGCAAAGGUUUUGUCAGAGGAGCACCAUUCUUUUGAAGUUCUGCUGAGUAGGAUGGCCUCCACCAUCAUGCCCUUCACACACGCCCAGUACUGCACCAUCUUCAUCCCCAGCGAGCAGACCUCAGAUGUGGAAGAAGAGGUUUCGUUCUCCAGAGUGAUCCACCUGGAGUGUGAGGAGCUCGGAUCUACAUGCCAGGUCUACAGGAGGCAGCGUGACAUCCGUGACAUAGACCCAUCGUAUGCUCUUCGAACUCUGGUUGCUAUGAAAACACUUAACAUGUCAGAGAGUUCUGGGGAAUCGGUGAAGAGUAUGAUCUGCUGCCCUGUCAGAAAUGAGCAAUCUGAGGAUGUUAUUGCGGUGUGCCAGCUGAUGAAUAAAAGAAGCAAGGACUCAGAUGAGAUGGAAGCCUUUAACAGAUAUGAUGAGCGCCUACUGGAGGACCUGGCAGUGUACUGUGGCCUGGCGCUGCAGUACGCUCAGGCAGUGCAGAUCACCGAGGAACGGAGGGCCAGUAUAGAGGUCACACAGGAGGUUCUUGCCUACCACAUUACCGCAGCAGAGCAGGAGAUCCAAGCAUUGCAGGAGGCCACUAUUCCCUCUGCUGAGUCGCUGUCUAUCUUAGACUUCCAUUUCUCUGACUCUAGCCUGGCAGAAGACCUGACCUCUCAGGCCACCGUUCGUAUGUUCCUUGACCUCAAUUUGGUGCAGGAUUUUAACAUUGAUUACAAGAGUCUCUGCCAGUGGGUCCUGACAGUGAGACGUGGUUACAGGAACAGUGUGCCCUAUCACAACUGGAACCAUGCACUAAGCACUGCUCAGAGCAUGUUUGCUAUGCUCAUGGCCGCAGACCAACUCAAGAUAAUUUUUUCCCGUCUGGAGAUCUUAGCGUUGAUGAUAGCCACUCUGAAUCACGAUCUUGACCACAGAGGAGUCAGUAACUCUUACAUAGAAAGGAGUCAGCAGCCUUUAGCUCAGCUGUACGGACACUCUUCUCUUGAGAACCACCACUACAACCUGUGCCUUUUCAUCCUAAACAACACUGGGAGUCAGAUCCUCAGCGGUCUCUCUACAGAAGACCACAGAGCUGUACUACACAUGAUCAAAAGGGCAAUCCUCUCCACUGACCUGGCCGUCUACAUGGAGAGAAGAAAAGAGUUUUUUUCUCUCACUAAGAAAAACAGAGUGAGCUGGAAGAGCGAGAAACAACGAGACUUACUGAGGUCGAUGUUGAUGACAGCUAGCGACCUCUCUGCUAUCACAAAGCCUUGGCCCGAACAAAAAAGGAUUGCCAACCUGGUUGCCAUGGAGUUCUUUGCACAGGGGGACAAAGAGAGACAAGAGUUCAAAAUCAAACCUAUUGACAUAAUGAACAGAGAAAACAGUACUCGGUUGCCGUACAUGCAAGUUGAAUACAUUGAUGACAUCUGCUAUCCACUCUACAAGGCUGUAUCAAGACUGUUCGACACCUGCUCCCCACUGUUGAAUGGUUGUAAGAAGAACAGAGAAAAGUGGCUGCAACUGGCUGAGAAAAGAGAGGAAGAAAACAGUGAAAAUAGUAGAACUCUAAACCUGGAAACACUUAAAGACAGCAAGGAAGACACGCAGAGAGAGGAGUAGAGCUUUGGAAGCAAAAGAGGAGUUUUACCCACCUGAAUCUGUUGUUCUUCGUCCUCUCUUGGACACCCCUUGACUGAAUAUUGACCACGUCACAAACGCCACAUGUCCUGUAGCAAGUCCAAUGUGAAACCUGUCAGCAAGUCUGAAAAGACUGAAGCUGCAGAACCUGAGAAAAUAUUCAUUUCCAUAUUAUAUUUGCAGUUUUAUGAACGCAUGUCUAGAUGUUCAAAUGUGUACCGAGUAAAGAUUUGUGAACGUAUAUCCAGAUUUGAAAAAGUGUGCGAGUUUCCAUGUUGCCAGAUCAAACCAGCAUUUUUUGAAGUGUUGUUGUCCAACCUUGGAUGUAGUCAGAGAUCAUAUUUAUACUGGGAUGUACUACUCUUGUGGAUAAGAAACAUUCAUUACAUUAAAUAACAUUUCUUGUCAGUAUCAUGUCUGAGAAAAGAACGCUGCAGUGAAGUUUGUGUUCAGUUAUUUUCUGUCCAGAUCUAGAACGUCUUGCAUUGGCAGGAGAGUCAGUUCACU